AUGUAUGGUUUGAGUAUUAAUAUAAUCCAGAAAAGGCAGCAAAGGGAGACUAAGGUAUUGUUGUUUGAUCCUGAAAAUGGAGAUACAACGAACAAAUUUAUCACGGCCCUGAAGACUAAUGUUCCAGUAAAAUAUGGAUUAACGCUCGUCAAUUCAAGCAGUCCCGAGACACACAUGGAUAUUCCGCUUGUCCUCGUCGUCAGAAGUACGACACAAAGAUUUGAAGAUGAUCUAGAUGCUGCGAUAGCUGUGACCAAAAAAAAAGUAUCAAAGCACCCUGAGAUAAUAAUUUACUUCCAUAUGAAAUGUCAAGAUGACUGUACGGAAACAGCUAAACUAGCAGCAGAAAAGAAUAAGUAUUCAAAGAUAACGAUCAUCGAUAUGGAAUUUUCCCCAGAAAACAGAUUGGCUUUUAAGCUUUUGGGAUAUUCUCCCUUGAAAGAUGUUAAUAAGCGUGCGUAUGAAAGAUUAAAUGAACACAUGAGAACAAUGGCAAACUUUGAGAACAAAUUGUUUGUUUAUGACGCAAUGCGAACAAGACAAUCAGAGACGAUACUCGAGGAAUUAAAGAAGUUCAUGCACGGGCGACUGGAUGUAGAGAAAACCGAAGAUCUAAACGAUAAGGCGCCACUAGCUGUAAUCUACGAUCAGCAAGCAGAUUACGUUUCACUAUUGGAAGGUGUUAAAGGAUCUCAAGCCUCAGAUCCUAUUCUUGGCCUCUGUACUCAACCAGAUGUUGCGAGGAAAACAACAGAAUUUGAAGAGAUUUAUAUAGACAUAUGUGACAAGGAAAGGUAUUUUAUUACUUUUGAUGUGGGACAAAAAUUGAUUGACUUCGCAAGAUUGUCUUACAUCAAUAACAAAAAGUACACCGUAAAAGCACCAAAAUACAAAAAGGAUAAAAGUUUGGAAGAUGCUGACAAAGACGAAUAAGUGGAAAAUGCACAUUCAUCACAACUUGCAAGUGAAAAGAGCCCCGUGUUACCUUGUGACAAGCUGAAUGUCUAUGAAACAGAACCCUUUUCGAUUAAUCAGUAAAACCAAGAAAUAAAUUUAUCUAUUUUUGUCUUAAAACAGAUUAGCGAAGGGGUUUUGAAAUAUGCUUUUACAUUAACUUGUUAAAGUUGCAUGGUUUGUGAUAAGCAUUUAGUUUACUGGCAGAUAGUCUGCAAAAUAAAAAUUAAAAAAAAAACACUUUUAGGUAAACCCAAGAAUUGAAUGAAUCUGUCUUCGUCUUAAAACAGAUUCACAAAGGAUAUUUGAAAUACGCGUUAAUUUAAAAAAAGUGACAUAGUGUAUUUGUUUUUGCAAUUCAUAUAAGCAUAGGAAUAGGUACAGAGCACGGAAUUAGUUUAUUUGAAUCUAGUAAUAUUAGAAUCCCUUGAUAGAUGACAGAGUUCUGAAAUGGACAGGAAAUGAAAACCUGCUGACAUUCUAACUCCGACAGUGACCUUUACUUUUGAGUUUGUGCUAUGGUUAUUGCGCCAGACACGCUGUAUAUGGGACAUUUGUGCCAAGUUACAUUACCC